UCGAGUCCCCGCCCAGAAGAGGAGUUUUCCCAAAACCCAGCGCGGCAGGCCGCAGCCGCGCUAAGAUGGCGACUCCCAUGCAUCGGCUCAUAGCCAGGAGACAAGCCGAAGCAAAUAAGCAACAUGUAAGGUGUCAGAAAUGCUUGGAAUUUGGACAUUGGACUUAUGAAUGCACGGGAAAAAGAAAAUACCUACAUAGGCCUUCAAGAACAGCAGAACUAAAGAAAGCUUUAAAAGAAAAAGAAAACAGAUUAUUACAACAAAGCCUUGAAGAAGCUAAUGUAGAAAGAAAGACCAAGAAAAAAAGGUCUAAGAGCGUAACCAGUUCCAGUAGCAGCAGCAGUGACAGUUCAGCCAGUGAUUCGUCAUCAGAUAGUGAAGGAACGUCUUCCUCCUCCUCCUCCUCCUCUGAGGACAGUGACACUGAUGAAAGUUCCUCCAGUUCAUCAUCCUCAGCCUCCUCCACAAGCUCAUCCUCCUCGUCCGAUUCCGACUCAGAUUCCAGCUCUUCCAGCACCAGCAGCGCCAGCACCGAGAGCAGCUCCGAGGAGGAACCCCCAAAGAAGAAGAAGAUGAAGUAGAAUCGCUGCACCCAUGCUGGACUGAUGGACCGAAAACUUCCCUCUGAUUCUCAGAAGGGAACUUAGGCUAUGUCAGAGCCAAGGAGGUUAACUGGCCAAAAUUUGGAGAGCUCAAAAGUUUCUAAAUGUUUUACAUUGUAAGAGCAUAAAAGUAUUCAUAAAUGGAUUAUAUAUAGAUAUAUACUUUUUUAUUUUAAGAGUGAAUCUUGUUUUUCUUUUUUAUCUUUAAAAUAUAUCAUAAUCUUUCAUCAAAAGCUAAAAUCCAGUAAAUCUUUUUUUUGUGAUAAAGCUUAUCUAUUCUCCCUCUGAAGUAAAUGCUGUACUUUGUUAUGUUAGUGUUACAUAUGACGCAUAUUUUAGGACAAUGCAUCAGAUUAUCUGGCAGUGAGUUCCUAAUGCUUUCAUCUGUAUGUUGUUAUGUACAUUGUUAUUAUAAGCUUAGGAGUUUUCCUACUGUUAAUAAAUGUGCUCUAUUUUUA